UAAAGUGCCCACCCAAUUCUUGAUUUCUUUAAUCACAUUUUUGAGUGCCAUCUCUCUUUGCUGGUGGAUCUCAUCAUUUGCAUUAUACCAGAACUGUCCCAAACCCGACAUUCGGUCAACGAAACCAACCGACUUUAACGUGUCGAAUGCCCGAACUCUGCUCACACAAAUGACAAAUUUUGGAGUGAAAAAUUCAGGGAGCAAUGCGAACGAGAAUGUGACUGUCCAAUUCAUACUGGAAACAGUCAAGAAGAUUAUCAACAGUCCACAGAACUCCAAGAAUAUAGUAUAUGACUUACAAGUGGUCUCGGGGACUUUUUUAUUAAAUUUCGUGGAAAGCUUCAUCUCGGUCUACGAUAAAGUGCAGAAUAUUGUCGUACGUGUGGGACAGUCGAGUGACUGUCUGCUAAUAAAUUGUCACUUUGACAGCGCACUGUCGAGGGCGAGCGACGACUUGAUCAGUUGUGCCAAUAUGCUGGAAGUGUUGAGAAUUGUCUCUCUACAAGCCACGGAUGCUCGAAAUUGCCUAAUCUUCCUUUUCAAUGGGGCGGAAGAGAAUAUAUUGCAGGCCAGUCACGGCUUCAUUACCAAACACCCCUGGUUUAAGGACGUGCGGGGGGUCGUCAAUCUGGAAGCGUCGGGGUCAGGGGGGAAUCAAUAUUAUUCAGGUCCGGGCACAUCUUGGCUGCUGUACCUCUACCGAGAUUCGGUCCCCUACCCAUAUGGCACUGCUGCAGGACAGGACUUGUUUCAAAGCGGACUUAUUCCUUCCGACACGGACUACCGCAUUUUUCGGGAUUACGGAAAUGUUUCGGGUUGUUUUUUCUACUCAUUCACAGGCCUUGAUUUGGCUUUCUUCACCAAUGGGUAUGUCUAUCACACGCCCGACGACACGGACACGCGUAUUGAUGACUGCACAAUCUCCAAGGCAGGUACUCCCUUCUCACUCCCAGGCAUUAAUUUGCUUGCCCUCACCAAAGCUUUCCUCGUUCAACCACACUUUUAUUCGACUGACCAAAAGCUGGCCUAUUUUGAAGUCGCCUCGACCUAUUUUUUUGUGCUUCCUCAAUCGCUGGUCAGUUUUCUUUGUCUUGGGGCCUUGGUCUUUGCCUUGUGUUCCACUUACUAUGGAGUGAUGCGUCAUAACUACAGUUGUCCUCUCUACCCAUUUGUAGUGCUUAGAAUGAGAUACAGUCUUAUAUAUACCACUGCAGUCUUUCUUGUCAUUGCCACUUUCCUUGCAUCAUUUGGCAUCAACUAUUUUCUCUCACGUCUGUUCCAUGCCCUCUCUCUUCACAUGACUUGGUUUGCUCUCAAUUUCAAUUUGGUGCUCUACGCAGUACCCCCAUUCCUGGUUGUUCUAUCAUUCCACCACCUGAACGCACUCAUUUGGAACUCGGUCAUUUACAUUCGCAUUAUUUGA